GGGCUCUUGCCUGUUGCAUUUCCCCUCCCGGCGCUCCUUUCUACAGGUGGGGACUACAAGCGGUCCGUGGCGGCAGUGGCGAGGAGGGGCGUCGGUGAAGCUCGCGUGUUGGUUGUGCGGGGGUGGCCUCGCGGAGGAGCGGAGGAGAACCCACUGGGAUGGGCACUAGAGUGUUACAAUGAUCUGCGCAGAGCGGAGUGGUCUCCGAAGAUGCCUGAUGGUCUGUUCUGAGGAGCAGCCAGCAGCAUGAUGGACCCAGCCAGGGACCACUUACACCUGAGACGGACUACAGAAAAACUCCCAGAGAUGGAAGUCCAAGUCAAGAGUCACCUGUACCCAAGGAGACGGCGGCAGCAGCAGCAAGUACCUGUGGUCGAUUUCCAGGCGGAACUGAGACAGGCAUUCUCAGCCGAGAUGCCAAGAGGUGGUUAAAGUGGUAUUGGAACAUCUAGGUAGCUGAUUUCCAAGUGAAGUAAAAAUAUUAUCCAUGGGGAGCGGGGGUGGUGAUGGUGUGGGACCUCUUACAAUGAUCUACAAGACCCUCAUGAUCUUAUCUCCAACCUAGUCACCUCUCUGACUUAAUUUUGUACAACUCUUCAGUUUUGCGCUGGACGCAGGGCCUCCUUGCUAUUCUCCACACACAGUCCUACCUGGGCCUUUGCGCUAGCCGACCUUUGUGCCGGGGAUGCUUCCUGGACCCCUGCCCCCUCCGUGAUUGACUCCCUCACCUCCUUCAAGUCUUUGCUUGAAGCAUAGCACCUUCUCGUGUAACCUCUUCUGAGCACCCACUAACAGCUAACACACUAAUUAAUUUACCUAUUGUGUCCAUUGUUGAUUUUCUCCCACUCCCUCUGCCCCUUCUACAAAA